CGCGGGGGGGCCGCUGUGGGCGAAAAGGCCCCGGAACGAGGCCGGCCCGGGCGGGCCCACGCUCCCCUCCUCCCCGGCGGCCGCACUCACCCGCUCCGGAAUCGGCCCUGUCGCCCCCGCCCGCGCUCCAGAGCCGGCUGAGAACGGCAGCGGUACAGGCUCCACGUGCUGCGUCUCUCCGGGUAAGACCUUCAGCUCCCGCGACUAGAAGUGUGAGGCCCCAGGGCCCUUCCCGCGGAAUCGGCGCUGAGAAGCCCCAACCCCCCUCCCGCCUCCCAGGCACCUCCAGGUCCAGGACUACAACUCCCAGCAGGGUACGCGAAACAAACGCCCAAGGCAACGCAGGCUCACGAGGCACAAGGAAGCACAACGCCCCAAUCCGCUUUGUUUUACACAGUCUCACUUUCCCUGCACCAUUAUACACCUCGAUAACCCUAAGGAACAGGACGCUGACUCGGAGGGGAGCUUGAACUAGGGGACAGGCUAGACAAAGUGCGCAUGCGUACAGAGCAAGGUUUCAAGGAGGGAAAGAGAACGGGUCAAAUUCGGCGAAGGAAAGAUGGCGGAGUCUUCGCCACGGGACCCGGAAGCACUUACCCUCCACUUCCUCCUCCUGUUUGGCUUCUGUUUCACCUAGAGCCGUCCGGUCACAGACUGUCUCCGAGACGCUUCCUGUCCGAAUCAGCAUGAUUCUUCAGAGACUCUUCAGGUUCUCCUCUGUCAUUCAGUCAGCAGUCUCGGUCCAUUUGCGGAGGAACAUUGGUGUUACAGCAGUGGCAUUUAAUAAGGAACUUGAUCCUAUACAGAAACUCUUUGUGGACAAGAUAAGAGAAUACAAAUCUAAGCGACAGACAGCUGGAGGACCUGUUGAUACUGGUCCAGAGUAUCAGCAAGAUCUAGAGAGGGAGGUUUCUAAGCUCAAGCAAAUGUUUGGUAAAGGAGACAUGAAUACCUUUCCCACCUUCAAAUUUGAAGAUCCCAAAUUUGAAGUCUUUGAUAAACCCCCGGCCUGAAGAAGUAAAGUAAAAUUAAUCUGGUAAUUUGUCAUGGGUUAGUUAUACAACUAGUUAGAAGUUUCAGAAUAAACAUACAUUUCAUGACUGUCAAAUAUCCUUUUAAUUCUGAGUCCAAAUAAAUUGUUUGGUGAUGUUGA